AACAGUUUUCUUAUUAGGUAUUAUGUCAAAAUCGACGGUGAACGGACUACGAAUUCCGCUUAUAAUUUUCAUACAUUUAAGCCUUGCAUUUUUUCUUACAGAUGUCAAUGGCGACGCCUGGUGUUUCAAGUGCGAUGAGUUGGCGAAUUGCAAAGUUCCCGUUCAUUUUCUAAAGUACGUUCAUGAGGAGGACGAGGGCAAGGUAGUACGAAAGAAAUCUGGUGAUUCCUCUAACCCAACAAUGGAUAGAUGUCUGAGUCCCGGCCACAAAAUAUCUGGCUCUGUAUUGAAUACUAUAUGCUCUGGCAGCGUAGACGGUGCGUGCCAUGCAAUCGGUGCAAAAUCAAAAAACCCGAAGGCUGCAUUAGUGCAUUGCAAACUCUGCGACAAACAUUGUCAUUGUCGGGAAGAGCGCGACGGCAACGAAGGCGGCGGCAAGAAAGACAAAAAAGACAAGAAGCACAAGAGAGACAAGGGAAAUGCUCUAAAAGAAAAUUCUAUUACUGUAACAAUAUGUCUGGUAACAUUUUAUAUUCUAAUAUAAUAUAACUCAUUUUAA